AUGUCUCACCUGUCGAAUCUGCUAAGGAACUCAAGGCUGGCUCAUUUGCCAAAGACAAAUAAACCAUUGGUCUCUACAAGUGAUAAAUAUUUUUAUCCAACGCAUCAGAUUAUUGAAACUAAACCAGCGUUGCUGCAUAGAAAUGAAUGGGGUUUGAAAUCAACUAUUCCAGGAAGAAAAUCUUCGUCAGAUUAUGAUUCUUCAAGAAACAAAAUCAAACGCACAAAGUAUCUAGUGUUCAAUGAAUUGGAUACAUUGGAGAGAAUAACCACUUUCGAAAAGCUAGGUAACUCUCAAUACAACAGAUUGAGAUUCAAGGAAAUGAAUCUUCAUCCGACUUAUAAUCCAGGUGUGGUUAAUCCUUUAUUUUCAGGUGAUUCGAGUUCAAAGGACCAAUCUGCUCCAUUAUCAUCCGUUUUAAAUUUACAACCAGGAGCAAACAAUACUGCGAAGAUCAAUAAACUGAAGGCAAAAAGAUCUUAUUUAAAAGAAUGGAUAUUAGAGAAUGAUCCACAAUCUUUGAAAUAUAAAAAAUUUAAUCUAAAAGACAUGUCUGGAAAAAUGNNACUGUACAAUUUCUUGGAAAUUGACGAGCAAAUGAACAAAAAUAAUAAAAAUCGCCAAAAUUNNAUUAACUUAAAUAAACAAAAUAUGAGAAAGGUGAUCGGCACAGGUGGAUUGACUUAUAACUUAAAAGGAAAAUUGAAAAAUUCUCCAAAUGGCAUAGUUCAAAAGACAAUUGUUCCAGGUAGAUUUAUUAACGUAGACGGAUUCGAUAGACUUGCUGCAAUUGGUGGGUUCAUCUCCAAUGCAAGCUCAUCCUCGCCGAUGAGUUCUCAGGUAGUUCACAAUAUGGGUGACUUUAUUAGACAACAAAAAUUUCCAUUCGAACUUCAACAUGCAGCUGUUCAAGGUAAUGGUAAAAUAGUCAUCAAGUCGAAAGUGGUAAAUGAUUACUUGAAUCAGAUGAAUAAAGACAGAAUCAACGUGGCAACUCGUAGAUAUGAACAGAAUCCAAAGAAAUUCAAUAGAAAAGGAAACACGGGUUCGAGUUCAAGUGCUGACACAGUCAAACAAGCUGAAGAAUUAUUAAAAAUUCUAACAAAGUUUGAAUAA